CGAGAAUGAUAUAAAAAUGAUUUCUAGUAGUCAGAAUCAUUUGUAAUACGCAAAUUGCACAAAUAAAACAGUCAACUUUUAAAUAAACAUGAAAGUUUGAUAUGUAAUUGAGUGUAAAUACAGUACUAAGAAAUGCUUUUAACAUUCUAAAUGCAUAUAUAAAGUCAUUUGAAACAAGAAAGAAAUAAUUGCUUGAGAAAUUUGAGAGCACGUACUUAAGUGUUGUAGAUGAUUUGAGAUAUGGAUCCAGAGUUUCUUUCUAGAUUGAUUCCACAAAAUAAAGAGCAUGUGCGUCCAGCAUGUAAAAAGUGUGGAUAUGCUGGACAUCUGACAUAUCAAUGCCGUAAUUUUAUAAAGGUUGACCCAAACAAAGAAAUUGUUUUAGAUGUUAGUAGUACAAGUUCCGAUAGUGAUGAAAAUUAUGUUACUCCAUUGACUGAAUUACGCGAGAAGGAAUUAAAAAAGAAGCUUCAAGAAUCUAAGAAGAAACACAAGGAGAAAAAGAGUAAAAAGUCCAAGAAACGUAAGAAGUCAGAAUCAAGCGAUGACGAAUCAGAAUCUAAAGUUUCUGAUGAUGAGAGCAAGAAACAUAAACAUAAAAAGAAAAAGACAAAGUCAAAGCACAAGAAACGUAAGAAACAUAAAAAAGAUAGUACAUCAGAUAGUGAUUCUAAUGAUUAUAAAAGAUGAUUAUUUUUUUAUAACCAUCUUAUACCACAAUGUUAAAGUUGGAAACAUCUUAAAAUAUGUAUUAUAUCACAUAUAAAUGACAUUGUACCAUUUGUAAAUAGUAGCACAUGAAAUUACAUUUAUAUACAUGUAUAAAUUACAUUUCAUUUUUAUGCUAAAAAAAUAUAUCAAUAAUCAUGAAUUA